GAGCAAGAGUUUGAAUGGAUUUUAUAUAAAUAUUUACCCCGACGAAGCUACUGCUGAGCUCGUGGGAUAAACUCGCAGCAGCUGGUCUCACUCUGCUUCCCUCGCCUGCCUCUGAAAGGGUUUAAUUACUUUGGAGAGAAGAGGGGAGAGAUCCAGAUCCCAGAUCUGGCUCCAGACUGACCCAAAAAGCAGGACCAGGAUUUAAAUGAACUAUGGAUCUGAAGGACAGCACCAGCGAGGGCAGCAUGGGCAGCCUGCAGCCUUCCAGCAUCCAGAUUUUUGCCAACACCACCACGCUCCACGGGAUCCGUCACGUCUUCGUCUACGGGCCGGUCACCAUCCGGCGCCUGCUCUGGACCUUGGCCUUUGUGGGCUCGCUAGGUCUGCUCCUGGUGGAGAGCUCGGACAGGGUGGCUUUUUACUUCUCCUACCAGCACGUGACCAAAGUGGACGAGGUGGUGGCGAACAGCCUGGUGUUUCCUGCUGUCACCAUCUGUAACCUCAAUGAGUUCCGCUUCUCCCGGCUCACCACCAACGACCUGUACCAUGCUGGGGAGCUCCUGGCGCUGCUGGAUGUCAACCUGCAGAUCCCCAACCCUCACCUGGCUGACCCUGCUGUCCUAGCCGCCCUCCAAGAAAAGGCCAACUUUAAGCAGUAUAAACCCAAAGUUUUCAGCAUGCAAGAGUUCCUGGCACGGGUUGGCCACGACCUGAAGGAUAUGAUGCUGUACUGCAAGUUCAGGGGCCAGGAGUGCAACCACAAGGACUUCAAAACUGUGUUUACAAAAUAUGGGAAAUGCUACAUGUUUAACUCAGGAGAGGAGGGGCGGCCUCUCCUCACCACGGUGAAGGGGGGGACAGGGAACGGCCUGGAAAUCAUGCUGGACAUCCAGCAGGACGAGUAUCUGCCCAUCUGGGGAGAAACAGAGGAGACGACGUUCGAGGCCGGAGUCAAGGUGCAGAUCCACAGCCAGUCCGAGCCUCCCUUUGUCCAGGAGCUGGGAUUUGGGGUGGCCCCUGGAUUCCAGACCUUCGUGGCCACCCAGGAGCAAAGGCUGACGUACCUGCCCCCGCCGUGGGGCGAGUGCCGCUCCCCGGAGCUGGGCCUGGCGUUCUUCCCGGUGUACAGCGUGACAGCGUGCAGGAUCGACUGCGAGACGCGCUACAUCGUGGAGAACUGCAACUGCAGGAUGGUGCACAUGCCAGGGGAUGCUCCCUUCUGCACCCCGGAGCAGUACAAGGAGUGCGCGGAGCCCGCGCUCAGUCUCCUGGCAGAGAAGGACAGCAAUUACUGCAUCUGCAGGACCCCCUGUAACCUCACCAGGUACAACAAGGAGCUCUCCAUGGUCAAGAUCCCCAGCAAGACCUCGGCCAAGUACCUGGAGAAGAAGUUCAACAAGUCGGAAAAAUACAUCUCAGAGAACAUUCUCGUGCUGGACAUUUUUUUUGAAGCACUCAACUACGAGACCAUUGAGCAGAAGAAAGCCUAUGAAGUGGCAGCCUUACUUGGUGACAUUGGUGGCCAGAUGGGGCUGUUCAUCGGGGCCAGCAUCCUCACCAUCCUCGAGCUCUUCGAUUACCUGUACGAGCUGAUCAAGGAGAAGUUAUUGGACCUUCUUGGAAAAGAGGAAGAGGACGGGAGCCAUGAGGAGAACGUGAGCACCUGUGAUCCAGUGCCAAACCACUCGGAGAGCCUGAGCCACACUGUGACCGUGCCCCUGCAGGCCCCGCUGGGGACGCUGGAGGAAAUCGCCUGCUGACCCCUCCCCACCACAGUGCCCACCCCGAGGAAGGAAAACUGCACAGGGAAAACAGGGACCCAGCUCAGUCCCUGGGUUUCAGUGGCAGAAGGAGCAUCCCAGAAUUCUCCAUUCCCAGCGCCGUAGGCUGAGAGUUUUCCAAUAAAGAGAUCCCAAAGUCGGCGCUCUCGGAUUCUUCCCCCGGCCGCGUCCUCCGCGUGAGCUUGGGCUGAAUCCCGAGCUCAGCCCAAGGUGAGCAUCCCUGGAGAGGAGCCACAGGGAUCCCUAUGGAUCAUCUCAGCCCUGCUGUGCCUGCAGAGGCCAGGAGCAGCAAGUGGGGUUGGGUUCGUUCAUUUCUUUAAUUUUUUGGGGGGAAUUUUUGCAAUUUCCUUCUUCUCCCGUUCAUGGAUUCUGUGCUUUCUCCUCGUUCUCCUGACUGAUAUUAAAGCUGGUCUUGUGGAAA